GACCCCCCCUAUCACCCACCCCCACUCAAUGACAUCACAUCCGCCGGAAGUUGAACCAUCGCCCCGCCCCAAUCUCCGCCUCCUCACCGAUCAUGACGAAGCGUUGCUCGGAUGACAUCAUCGAGAUUGAGAUUGAGGCCGUGCAGAAGCAAGUCUGUGCUGAUGACAGUCUGUGUGGGCAGGUGGCGGAGUUUGUGAGCCAGUCCAUUGACAUCGGGGAGCCCAUCGAGAACCUCAAGAAGCUUCUGGAACCUCGGCUGCAAUGCUCACUCGAAAACCACCACAUCUGUCUGCAGGACAUCCAGUUGGACCCAGGACGGAGUCUCUUUGACCAAGGGGUGAAGACAGAUGGGAUGGUCCAGCUAAGCGUCCAAGUCAUAUCCAGACAAGGCGUUGAACCCAGGCUGAACAUCCUUGAGAUCAUCAAGCCUGUUGAGACUGUCGAGGUGGUGAUUGAUCCGGAUGCAGCACAUCACGAGGACAUGACAGCCACUCAGGUGAUCACAGUGGAGGGAGGCAAGGCUGUCUCUGUGUGUGUGUGUCUGUGUGUGUCUCUGUGUGUGUGUCUCUGUGUGUGUGUAGAGGACAUGACAGCCACACAGAGGACAUGA